GCUUGCAGUGUAAUUAGCUAACAGAGCACCAGUUUACUCACUCCCCUGGCGUCUUUCUUAACCUUGCCCGAUGGGCGAGUGCUGGUAUCCACAAGCCUGAGUUUUUGCCUGUCUCUGUUUGCAUGCUUGGUAAAUGAACGGUUCCUGAUCAUUGUUCAGUAUACACGAACAACGGCUGAGUAGCGAUCGUUUUUGUCUGUGUGGAAGCGUGCGUGCGACUGUACCCGGUCCGUCCGUUUCGCAUUUCCAUGUGAAGCUCAAGAACUAGUGCGACUAAUCAGACUGCUGUUGGUAACUUGAGAGAAAGGUUAUGACGGAAGAAUGGAGUUCCCAGACCAUAGCCGCCAGUUGCUGCAGUGCCUGAGUCAGCAGCGUCACCAAGGUUUCCUCUGUGACUGCACUGUUCUCGUAGGGGAUGCACGAUUCAAAGCACACAGAGCCGUGCUGGCCUCAUGCAGCAUGUACUUCCAUCUCUUCUACAGGGACCAGCCAGACAAAAGGGACGUUGUGCAUCUGAACAGUGACAUUGUGACAGCCCCGGCUUUCAGUCUGCUCCUUGAGUUUAUGUAUGAGGGGAAGCUGGAAUUCAACACACUGCCAGUGGAGGAUGUCCUGGCUGCGGCCAGUUACCUUCACAUGUAUGAUAUAGUGAAAGUGUGCAAAAGCAAGCUGAAAGAUAAGGAACUGUGCUACCUGGAUGAGAAGGUUAGCGAGGUGAUAGCACUGAGCUGUCUGGAAAAGGAGAGCUCCUCAGACAGCGAGCUGCAGAGCAAGCAGCCAGGGCCAGGCCGGCGACAGACACAGCAGCUGCCCCAGAGAGCCCCCCCGGCAGAGGAGUUUGACAUGGACAACAGCGAAGUCAGGCUGGCUGUCACAGAUUGUGAUAUGUCUGCACAGAGCAGGCAGAAGGCAAACGGUCACCCUGGCAGGUCCCCGGACCUUGUAGGUGUCAAUUAUGUGUCAGCAGAGGCCGAGCCCUGCGUCCAAACAGCUGGAAAAACAAAAGCUGAUGUCAGUAGUUGCACAGUAUUGCUGUCCCAGAGGUCCCGGGCUUCAGUUGACAUGGACUGUGCUCUGGAUUUGUCUUUCAAGCCACUGUCUAGCAGAGAUCCCAUACACCCCACCUACAUCUCGGGACAGCUGGCCCUCGACAGCCAGCAGCAGGGCACUGAGCCACUUGUUAAAGAUGAACACGACUUGCUGUCAGAGCAGGAGGACAGUGAGGCGAUGAGCCCGGAGAGCCAGCGCUUUGGGAAUAGUGCCAGGAGCUCAGUGGUGACAGGGUUCGCUGCCCUCUUCCCAGGCAACAACGGCUCCACAUCGGCCCUGCUCUCCCAGGAGGAAGACCUGAUGGAGGAGGGGGUGGGCAGUGGAGGAAGGGGGGGCACGAGGGGCAGAGAGGGCGAUGAGAGGAGGGGGAGGCUGUUGGGGGACAGUGAGGAGGAGGAUGACCUGGCCUCUUCGGACAUCUCCACCUCCAGUGGGGUCCUGCUGCCCCCGGGGCAACAGGUGUGUGUGUGUCCACUCUGCAGCAAGGUGUUCCCCAGUCCCCAUGUGCUCCAACUGCACCUCAGCUCACAUUUCCGUGAGAAGGACGGCGCACGCUCCAAGCUCUCCCCCGACGGUUCUGUUCCCACCUGCUCACAGUGUGGCAAGACCUUCUCCUGCAUGUACACCUUGAAGCGGCACGAGCGCACACACUCUGGCGAGAAACCAUACACCUGUGGCCAGUGCGGCAAGAGCUUCCAGUACUCUCAUAACUUGAGCCGGCAUGCCGUGGUUCACACACGUGAGAAGCCUCACGCCUGCAAGUGGUGUGAGCGGCGCUUCACCCAAUCUGGGGACCUGUACCGCCACAUCCGCAAGUUCCACUGUGGCCUUGUCAAGACCCUCGCCAUUGGAUAAACCCCUCUCACCAGUGCCAUGAAAUAAGACCGAGUAACGUCUUAUCACUCCCUGAGUACUACUACUGCAUAUACCUCCACAGUAAAGUACUAGUUAUACAUAUUCACAAAUUGUUAAAGACAUAUCCUUUUGGAAUUCUAAUCCAUGUGGCAUUUCUUAAGUUAAAGUGUAGCAACUUUAUAAUGCACAAAACUGGACUUCACUGGAAGGAUGUUGGACUUUAUAAUUUUGUUUUACAAUAAUAAGAUGGGGUGCUUUUCCACUCAAGCUGGAUAUAUGUUGAAGGUGGACAAAUCAGUUGCACUUGUUUAUUUCUGUCUGUCUUGGUAGUGCAAAACUGCUGAACUUGAUGAAGAGUGUAUUCUGCUAAUAGAAACACAUUUCUACGCAUAUAUCUGCAAGUGAAUAUAGCGCACACUCCUGAAUGGAUUAACAUUUGGUUAGUGCACAUGUGGAAGAGGAAACUAAAACUGCCCAAGAGUAGCAAUCUAUUUUAUAUCCAACCUUAUUUAUUAGUCAACCUGCUUAACAGGAAGAAAUAUCACAAGGCAGUGAAAAAAUACUUGAAGUUGGACUACUGGAUAAUUUUUUGGGGGUAGCUAGUAUUGUCGUUUUCUUUAUGGUAGGAAUGAAGCAGACAAAAUUAUGUUUCUUUAUAAUAGAGGACGAAAAUAAAUACAGGAGUUGCAAGGGUUUUUCAUAUAGUAAGAUGGAGCAUGUCCUGAAGGAAUUACUUUUUUGCUGCACUGGCCUUUCAAUGUUCAAUGUUCAGGCUGCUGGUUGAACAUUUAGAAGUGAAUUGUUUUGUCACCUUUAUGCUCUAGCAUAUACAGGUUGGGUGGUAAUUACUAAAGAUUGCAGCAAACGCCUGUAACACUGGUGCCUACUGAAAUGAUUGACACUCCUGUUCUCAUACAAGCAUAGGACCUGUUGCCUUCAAUACAACUCAUCUGUGGGCCUUCAAAAAUGUGAUCAGCACUUUCCCUUUACAGUGCCUUAAUACCAGGAAGUAACUUGGUCACUCAGUGAUAGCCCUUGGCACUUGUAUGCCAAUUGAUUCAUGAGUGUACAUACAAUAAUGUAAUACAUGUGGUAUAAAAUCAAGCUCUUUAUUAAUUAACAAUUGUUGACUUCUAUUUAGUAAGUUCAAUUUCUGGGUUAUUUGUCUGUAUUACAGCACUGUAAAAGAAAGGGUAACCACGUUUGCAUAUUCCUUUGCUGUCCAUAUAAUAAUGCUGGAGACAUGCCCUGAUAGACAGGGCAGAGAGUGGGAGAGAUAGUCAAAGUAUACUCUCGGUGUGCCUCAGUGCUUCUCUGAGGAGAUGGUGUCCUGUGGAUGUCUUGUUGCCACACUGUCCGUUCAUCAGAACACGUAGCUCAAAAUGCUAAAUCUACUGAGUUCAUUUUGCCCCUUGUGGUUGCUCUUAUAAAGUAUCCUAUCUAUUUUUCUGUUCAUGUUGAAGUACUACUGAUGUCUGAUUUAAUGUUUGAGUGAAUCCUUUGGUGGAACUUUGCUUGACAGAAUCUUUGGAAAGAAUGUGGAUUUAAUGGGCCUGUUGUGUGUUGGAAAGAUUUCAUUGUAGUUGGGUUCAUUUUGAUGCUAUACAUAUGAUUCCUACAAGGUGAGUAGCACUAAAAGUCCAAGAUAUUGGUUUCAUCUGUCCUGAGAAGACUUGAUCUGAAGGAUUUAUUCGUUUAACUUGGUUCAGGGUUUACUUUAGGUGUGACCUGUAAAGAUGAGCUGAUUUCUCUAAGCUUAGAGACUUGAUGCCUUGUCAUCUUGGUACUAUGGAAUUGAUAUUGGGGUCGUUUAUUCAUUUCUGCAAAUCCUGUUACUGUAAAGAAAUGGUCUGUUAAUGUAUCUUACACAGAAAUCUUAAAUUGCGUAUUCUCACCGAAGCACUUGUUUUGAGCAUGCAUAUAGUUUCAACACUGAUAUUGUCUAGGCUGCUAUUUCUUACUAUUUGUAUAUUUAAUGUAAAUAUAUAUUAUAUUUAUCAGUAUGUAUGCUGUUUCUCUGUAUUAGAAGAACACAGUAGAGUUGAUUAUCAAGGUGUUUUACUAAGGCUUCAAUCUCUUAUGUAAGAGUUUCAUGUCUUCCCUCCCACCGUGAUUUGGGUUUCCUUUUCCUGUCUCACUCCAGUGAACUUGGCUUCCUUUUCAGAUGUAAUGUCUCACAGGCCAUGUCUUCACUCCAGAACAAAACAGGGAGUAAUACUGCUAUGACUGCUGUUCCGGCAGAGGAAGCAGUUGUUCACAAGAACAAACACACCGAUAUGGUGUAGAAUAUCUAUAGAAGUCAUACAAUACAAGCAUUGUUCUCCUGUCCCAGGUAGUUCUCAAGGGAUCAUUGUGCAUGUCUGCCCUCACUGUGGGGGGAAAAAAGGCACCAUGAGUCUCUCUUUGCACUUUUUGUAUUGAAUGGAGCCGUUGGAAUGCGAGAAAUGUAUUGGGCAAAGGGAGACCUGGAAGACGGUAAACAGGUGCAUUGUCUGGAGGCAUCGAAGAACAGCCCUCGAUUCCCAGCAUGCAUUAGAUAAGUGCUUCAUUGUUCUUUUAUGUGGAGAGGAUACUACAGUGACUCCAUAGCGUCUUUAGCAACACAAUCACUAUAAUUGUAAGCGUAUUUCUCUUUUCAAGUGUUGGAGUUGCCUGAUUUUCAAGAACCUUUUUGAGAUGAGGUAUCGCAACACUGAUUCAUCUGAACUUUAGUAUGUAGGUAGUAUUUAUUAACAUCCAAUUAUGUACCCAUCCUCCCCCUGGAAUGAGUUUCCCAAUAUUUCAUGAAGCUGUGUUUUUCUUUUUUUUAGAUGUCAUAUAGUGUUCAAUUUGUGGUAUUUCAAUCAAAACACAGGAAUGUAGUUUGUUGCAUAUUUUCUCACUCUUUUGAAAGGAACAUUUCUUAUGUGAUGCAGUUGAAACAUUGAUGUAUUGUUUUCUCUAAUGUACACAUGUAGUUGUACAGGCUUAGAAAACUAACAGUAAAUUCUUGUUUUGAUGGUUUCUCAGUCAUUAUUUAUAUCUCCAGGAUUGUUACAGAAUGUGCCUUGUAGAAACACAGACAAGUGUUGCAUCUGGAGUUGCCCCUUUCAUACACUGUACAUUUGCCACAGACUGCUGUGAUGAUAUUCAGGCUAUACAAUUUUUUUUUUUUUUUUUCACCUUAUCAAAAUGUCAACUAAGCCUGUUUUCUGCUGCUUUUAGAGACGAGUUUCAGGGUUGGAGUUUUGCUACUGUUAAAUUAAUUACUCUUUUGUAAAGGUUUUUAAUCUGGAAUUCAAUUUAAUGUUAAGCAAACUGAAUGCAAGUAUUUUUGUUUGGCUCUAAGCUAAGUCCAUGUUUCGGGAAUUAACCUAAUUGUUUUCCAUAGAUGUCAUGUUUAAUGUGAAACAGAGAUAUUUACGACGAAUGAACACUCAUGCUACUGCUCCUAAUCAGUGGGGUUCUGUUUUCCUAAUUCAUGCUGUAGGAUUUAAGUCUAAAACUGAGUAUUGGGUUACAUUAAUACUGGAAUUUGUGUCUUUGGCAGGUUAAGACUGUGAAAUUGUGUACAAUCAUGAGAAAUAUUUAUUGAAUUGUUUCUUGUGCAACAUUUGACUCAAUUAUUUGAUUUGUAAAAUGAAAGAUGCUGAUAAAUGUCAAUGGUAAUAUUAGAAUUUGUAGAAGUGCCAUUAGAAUUUAAUAUAAUUUUUUAAUAAGAAAGUUAUAUUUUAUAGUAAUCAAUUGCUUCUGUGUUAGUGGUUUAAAGAUUAGGGGUCAAUCUUAUUCAGAAUUGACGUUGUGUAGAACUUGAGGCCAUUUAUUUUGAUCUGUAAUUGUAUGUGCUUUUUUUGUGUUUUGUUUGCGCUUUCAGAGAGUGUGUGUGCGUGCUGUGGAGAUGUGACAAUCUUGAGUUAGGUCUUUAUUAAGAUUAUGCAUAGAUUAAACAGGAUACUUUUCUGUG